GCCCCGCCCCCUGGCAGCGGCUCGGCCCAUUUCGGCUCCGUUCGGCCGCGUUCGGCUCGGCUCGGCCCGGUUCGGCUCCGCUCGGUCCCGGUUUGGCCCGGCCCGGCUCCGCUCGGUCCCGGUUUGGUUCCCGGCCAUGCUCUGGCCCGUGCUGCUGAUGGCCGCGGCCCCGCUCCUGGCCCCCGCCGCCGCCUGGGCUCCCUCGGCCGAAGAGGAGCGGCUGUUCAAGGCCUGGAUGCUGCAGAACGAGCGGCGGUACGGCCCCGAGGAGUACCCGCGCCGGCUGCGCAUCUUCCUCAGCAACAAGCGGCGCAUCGAGGAGCACAACGCCGGCAACCACAGCUUCCAGAUGGGCCUGAACCAGUUCUCGGAUCUGACCUUCGCAGAGUUUAAAAAGCUGUACCUGUGGAGCGAGCCCCAGAACUGCUCAGCCACCAAGGGGAACUUCCUGCGCAGCUCCGGCCCGCAUCCCGACUCCAUCGACUGGAGGAAGAAGGGGAAUUUUGUGACACCCGUGAAAAACCAGGGUGCCUGCGGGAGCUGCUGGACCUUUUCCACCACGGGCUGUUUGGAGUCUGCUAUUGCCAUUGCCACGGGAAAGCUGCUGUCCCUGGCGGAGCAGCAGUUGGUGGAUUGUGCCCAGGCCUUCAACAACCAUGGCUGCAGUGGGGGCCUGCCGAGCCAAGCCUUCGAGUACAUCCUGUACAACAAAGGGCUCAUGGGGGAGGACAGUUACCCGUACCGGGCCAAGAAUGGCACCUGCAAGUUCCAGCCCGAGAAGGCCAUUGCCUUUGUCAAGGACGUGAUCAACAUCACACAGUAUGAUGAGGAUGGCAUGGUGGAGGCUGUGGGGAAGCACAACCCAGUGAGCUUUGCCUUUGAGGUGACGAGUAACUUCAUGCACUACAGGAAAGGAGUGUAUUCCAACCCCCGCUGCGAGCACACCCCUGACAAGGUGAACCACGCCGUGCUGGCCGUGGGCUACGGAGAGGAGAGCGGCACUCCUUACUGGAUCGUCAAGAACUCCUGGGGCCGCCUGUGGGGCAUGCAGGGGUAUUUCCUCAUCGAACGAGGCAGGAACAUGUGUGGUCUGGCUGCUUGUGCCUCCUACCCUGUUCCUCGGGUGUAGGAGCACAGCCGGGGGGGACGGGGCUGGGCUGGCCCUGGGCACUGCGGUGGUGGAGGCAGAGAGAGGAGCCACAGCUGCCUGCUGCAGGGUGUCACCUGUGCAGGGUGUCACCUGGUCAGGGUGUCACCUGGUCAAGGUGUUCCUGCUGCAGGGUGUCACCUGUGCAGGGUGUCACCUGGUCAGGGUGUCAC